AUUACAGAAAUGUUAUUAAAACGUUUAUUUAGAAGUACUUUAACAUUCAAUAGAUACAAGAAGUUAUGUUCAAAUUUUAAACACAAAUAUAGCACAAAAACCGCAACAAGCAUUGAUUUAAGCGAAAUUCCAUUAGAACGGAUUCCAAAUUUUAGUAUAAUUGUGCAUGUUGAUCAUGGGAAGAGCACAUUAUCUGAUAAACUCUUAAAUUUUACAGGGGCUAUUUCACAUAAAUCGAGAGAUAGUCAAAUUUUGGAUAAAUUGAGAGUGGAAAAAGAAAUCCCACGUUCAGUUAGAACAGUUAGAGCACAAAGUGCUUCUAUUUUCUAUGGAGUAGUUCCUUUUAUUUCUAGCUCAGGGGCCUUGGUAUUGAUCGCAAAUCAAACAAUUUAAGGACACAACCUUGGUAGAAAUUGAUUUGAUGCACAUCUUGCAGUUCGAAUUAAAUUGCGUGGAGACGUUUAAUUUCUAGAAUAAUCACAUUUGAGAAAAUUCAUAAACAACAACAAUAACAUGUUUUAUUUUUAAACGAAUUUUAUUUUGA